AUGGAAUCUACUAAAGAACUUGAAGAAUCCCAAGAUAUAGAACAUGAAAUGAGAAAACAAGCCAAAGAAAACAACCGCAAGUUCAUCACUCUUCAAAGGGAAUUUGUGGUGUAUCCAGAAGUGUUUUACCCACCCGAAGACGGUCAUGCCCACUUCGUCAAUUCGACAAUAUACAGGAUGGCAACCGAAGAAAUAGCGAAGAAAUCCCGACAAGCAUCCAUCGAAUUCCUUGAGGUUGGCUGUGGGGCGGGCUUUAUCGGUAUAUCAGUGGCUUUGUCGUCUGAGAAAUGCCAGGUUUGGGCAACUGACAUCGUCGAUGAGGCAGUGAAAAACGCUACAGCAAAUGCAAAACUUCAUGGCGUAGAAAGCCGUUUCCACGCUGUUAAGGCGAACGUCUUCGAUCAUGAAGAAAUCAAUGGAAGGAAAUUUGACAUGAUAUACUGGAAUCAUCCGUGGGGCGGCUAUGGCACGACAACAGCGACUAAGGUCCAGCCAUUAAUGAGGAGCCUUCUGGAUCCUGGUUACCAGGGCCUUCAAAGCUAUCUUUCCAAAGCAAAGGAAUACCUUAAGGAAUCUGGUCGACUUAUUGUCACCUUCUCUUACUUUUAUGGCUCAGAAGAAAGGUUUACCGAAAUUGCAAGUGAAAACGGAUGGAAUAUCAAGGUCGUUGACGAAAAGAAGUGUGUCCAGGAAAUGGAAGGAAAACGAAUUGAACAUUUCACCGCGAUGGUCAUAGAACUUAUUGAAGAUGUAAAGUAA